CAACCGGGAGGGCUGGCAGGCGGGAGGGCUGCGGCAGGCACGGGGGACCAUGGAGCCUGCAGCAGAGUUUGUAGUCUACCAGAAGCUGCUGCUCUGGGAGGCAAGCCUGGAGUCAGAGGAGGAGCAGGAGGAGGGGGAGACAUCAGAGCCGCUGGUUCCUGACCCCUGGAGGCCCCAGGACUCCUCCAGGAACAAGGCUGGUGGGCUGCCCGGAGCCUGGGCCCAUCUAGUGGCAGCCCUGCUGCUGCUGGCCGUUGGCACUUCCCUGGCUGUGUGGCAGCUCCAUGCUAGGGGAGGCUCGACAGGAGGCUUGGGCUCUACGGCCCCUCCACCAAGAGGACACUCCCAUCACCCUGGCGUAUACCACCAUGGUGCCAUCAUUAGCCCUGCAGCCACAUGCUCCCACCUGGGCCAAGAGCUGCUCAUUGCCGGGGGCAACGUCGUGGACGCCGGAGUUGGAGCGGCUUUGUGCCUGGCAGUGGUGCAUCCUCAUGCCACAGGUCUAGGUGCCAUGUUCUGGGGCCUCUUCCACAAUAGCUCCUCGGGCAAUUCAACUGCUCUGACAUCAGGCCCCGCCCAGACCCUGGCCCCCGGCCUGGGACUGCCAGCAGCUCUGCCCACCCUGCACUUACUACACGCACGCUUCGGCCACCUGCCCUGGCCACACCUGCUGGGGGGCCCCACCACACUGGCUCAAGAGGGCUUCCUGGUGGACACAGCCCUGGCAAGGGCUCUGGCAGCUCAGGGCACAGAAGGCCUCUGUCCGCUGCUUUGCCACACUGACGGGACACCCCUGGGCCCCGGGGCCCGAGCCACCAACCCCAAAUUGGCAGCUGUGCUACACAAAGCAGCACUCACCACCACCUCAGACCUUGCUGGGGACUCCCUGCUGAGUCUGCUGACAAGAGACCUGGGGGUGGAGAUGCCCUCACCUGGGCCCAGGCCUACCGUGGAGCCAGCACUGCAGCUACCUAUGCCCCAGGGCAUCUUGUUCACCACCCCCAGUCCUUCAGCUGGUCCAGAACUGCUGGCACUGCUAAAGGCAACCCUACACUCUGGGAUGCCCAGCCCUGACAUCUGCCCACCGCCCCUGCAAACUGCCACAACCCCAUCAAGCAGCAUCCUGGCCACCGUGGACAGCAGCGGCUCUGUGCUCCUUCUCACCUCCUCGCUCAACAGCUCCUUUGGCUCCAGACACCUGUCCCCAAGCACCGGGGUUCUGCUUAGUGACCUGACGACCAGGUCUGCUACUAGUGCCUGGACCUGUCCCCUCAUCCUCCGUGACAGCUCGGAUGAUACAGAGGCUAAUGUGUUGGGGCUGGUGGCUUCAGGGACCCCAGAUGUAGCCAGAGCCAUGACUCGUGCCUUACUCAGUCAUCUGGCAGGGCCCCAAACCCAGGCCCAACACCAGAACCAGACCCAGCAAGGUCCAACAGAUCAUCCCAGCACUUGUGGCCAAGGGACACUGCUCCAGGUAUCAGCCCAUGCAGAGCAUACCCAUGUCUCCAGUGUUCCCAGUGGCUGCUGCCCCUUCCAGGGCUUCUAACGGAGAAGCAGAGUUGUCUUUGCCUGGAGGAAAGAGCAGAGCAGACCCAGGAGCAAUGGAGUG